AUGAAAUACAAAAAGUCCGAAUGGAUUACGUUUUUAUCACAAAUCAAAUGGUCGGCCACUUUGGCAAUGACUUUACUUCAUUGCGGAGCACUAUAUGGCGCAUACCUGUCCAUUAAAACCGGAAAAUGGCAAACACUUGUUUUUGGAUACAUCCUAGCCGUGUGCUCAGGGAUCGGCACAUUGAUGGGAGCGCACCGAUACUAUUCACACCGGAGUUUCAAAGCCAAGUUGCCGUUAAGACUGAUUCUGUGUUUCCUGCAGACCCUGACGGGUCAAAAAAGUAUAGUAAACUGGGCGAGGGAGCACCGGACACAUCACCAGUUCACCGGUACUGACGCCGAUUGCGCUAACAUUAAUCGCGGCUUUUUCUUCGCACACAUGGGAUGGCUAAUGACGGACACACAUCCCGAGUGCCAGAGACGGAUGGAUGAGUGCAAUGUCGACGACCUCUGGGCCGACCCUAUCGUUAGGUUUCAAUACAAACACUACGGUCUCCUCUAUACACUCGUCAACAUUAUAAUGCCGACACUAUUGCCCUCAUAUUUAUUUGGAGAAUCACUCAUUAAUUGCUUUUUUGGCACUUUUAUGUUCCGAUAUGUAUAUACACUUCACGUCUCGUUUUGUGGCAAUUCUGUGGCCCACAUCUGGGGCUCUAAGCCCUACGAUAAGACAAUAACUGCCACUCAUAACGAGUCGGUUAUUUACGCCACUUUAGGCGGCGCUUAUCAUAAUUAUCAUCACGUCUUUCCAUUUGACUACAGCGCCAGUGAAUUGGGCUGUAAAUCUAAUUUCAAUUUCAUGACAGCCCUCAUUGACUUCUUUGCAUACAUCGGUUGGGCGUACGAUCUGAGGAGAGCACCGGUAGAUAUGAUUGUUAAGCGAAAAGAAAGAACUGGAGAUCAA